CACCUACCUCAUAAACAGCCAUCACAAACUGGGCAUCGGUUCACCCUCUUAGGUAUAGGUCUGUGAGUAUCUGACUGCAAUCUGUCUUAAAUUACACCAAGCCGUGGAAGAAAAGUCUGAAGAGUAUUCAGAUAACUCAAUAAGUUCAACCAGAAUAGAACCACAUUAUCCACCUCAUAAACAGCUAUCACAAACGGGGUAUCGGGGCAUCUGUCUUUCAUGACACCAAGCCGUGGAAGAAAAGUCUGAAGAGUAUUCAGAUAACUCAUAUGAGGGAUUCGCUGCCGACGCACCACACACAAACAGAGACAGACACCAUGACAGCAGAGUACGAGCCCGAUCCCGAAUUUGUGUACGAUUACCACACGCUUCGUAUCGCAGGCCUGACCUUCGCCGGGGUCGUGACCCUCUUCUCCGUCCUAAUGCUCACCUGUAACAAAAUCCGACGCUGUGGCAAACCAAAGCCGAAACCUGUAGAAGAGGAUGACGAAUGAAUUCAGUACUGAACUCUCUACACUGCUGCUGUGGGAGGUGUUUGAAUUAAUGUUUGUUUCUAAGGAAUUCAUCCUCUGACUUCAUAUUUCAUAUUCAUAUCAAUGCCAAAGAAAUGUUUAACAACUCUGUACUCUUUUAAGGAAACAAACAUGUAACUUACAUUCUAUAUCUAAUGAAUAUCAAUGUAUUAUUAUACAUAUAUGUGAUAAUUAAAUCUGAUAUAAACAUA